UAAUAAUAAUAUAUCGCCGCGAUAACUGACGAACGUCAGUCGAUGGCCGGCUAUGUACGACCGGCGAAUAAUAUAAAUGAUAUAUCAAGCCCGAUAAUAAAUUGCGAUUAAAAAAAAACAAAAAAAUCAUAAUAACAUUAAUCUCUCUGCUAAAUUAUUGUUCUCUGCGAUACGGCAAGACACAACACUUAUAAAAAUAAUAAUUUAAUAAAACCGUCAGCCGCGAGAUAGGCGACCGCAGUCGACGAUCAUAAUUCACCUAGGACACGUACCAUUACAUGUCAUUCGCGCAGUGCUGAUAUCGUGUGAUAUACCCGAAUACACGUCCGCAGGUACACUCGCCCGACCGCCAGAGCCGACGCCCGUGUAGGUUUUGGGACCGUCGCCUUUGGGCACGUCGUCGCCUUUGGAUCCGCACACAAGUCGAACGGUUUUCGGACACAUCCGACCAUCAUGUCCGUGUCAUUUCGACGAUGGCCACUGCUGGCCGUCCUGCAGUGUGUAGUCGCUUUCGUCGCGAUCGGGCCGCAACAAGUCCUGGCGCACCGGAAGUGCGAAUCCAGACACUUCGCACCCCUAAACGGAAGCGGAUUCAACGAGUGUAGCAAUCAGAACGACUCGUCGCCCACGGGACAGCCGGAGCACCAGCGGCGUUACGCUUUUUUGUCGACCGACGACAACAAGAACGUUUCGUUUCUAGUUCAAAAAGACAUGUACAGCGGUGUUAAACAAAACGACAUAUUGUUGUCAAACACGAUUCAAGGAUUGUUUUUCGCAAGUCCUCCGAUGGCUGUGUUAAGCAGUUCAAACGAACUAUGCAAGAACCACAGUCAAAUUUAUUUAAGAGAAUUAGAAAAAUUAACAAUAUGGGCAUUAAGAAUGUACGAUUCUUCAGCAAAAAUACCAUCGGGCAUCCUGAACGGAAAUAUAAACCAGUUUGGGGACUUCGAUCAGUGUCUAAGAGUAAACGAUGAAAACUUGGGCAUUCAGGGACAGUAUUGUUUAACAUACGCAGAAAUGACGUUGCCAUCAAAUGCCAACGAAAAAUUAAAAUACAUAAUCGAUCUCAUGCAUUCACACUCAGCCUUCCGUAGUCGGUUGGAAGACCCCGGCCAUCGCGUCCCGAGGUUUUCCACCAUGAACUGGGCUGUUUGCACGCCGGCGAGUUGUUCUCCAGCCGACAUCGAACAUGAAAUGUAUUUAUUGCUGUCAAAGUACGUCGACACAACUGAAAUCAAUUUGCGUCUUAAAGUUGAUCCGGACAUGUGUCAAACGUACAGGCCUUCUGUCGUGCCAACAACGGGUUCGUUGAUCGCAGUGUCGGUCUUUGGAAUUCUGUUCCUGGUCAUAAUAUUGUCAACCGUUAUGGACAAGUACAACAUGUUCCAGAGUGUGGAAAGCACCGUGUCGAAGGUACUUUACUCGUUUUCGUUGAAGAGGAACUUUCGACAGCUGUUGAGCGUUAAUGAGUCACCUGAAGACAUCAGGUCGGUUCACGGAAUCCGUGCCCUAAACGCUCUCAUGCUGCUGGCCUCUCAUAAGUCCAUGGCGAUGUUUUUCAACCCUUAUUCGAACAGGACCGCCAUGACGGAGCAUCUUGGAAAGCAGUGGACUGUUAUUGCUCGGGCUGCGAGUCUCUACACGGAUCCUUUCAUAUUCAUGAGUGGAUUAUUGACUACGAUAUCGUUCUUGAGACAUUUAGAUCGAAAUGGCAGGAUUGAUUUGCCAAAAGAAUUCAUUUCUAGAUUUGCCAGACUAGUGCCGACGAUGGGCGCUAUCAUAUUGUUCUGCACUCUGAUUUUACCGAAUUUGGGUUCCGGUCCGCAAUGGAAUCUAGUGGUCAAACACCACGCUGACAUUUGUGAAAAGACAUGGUGGAGAAACUUCCUGUUCAUCCACAAUUACUUUGGAUUCAAAAAUAUGUGUUUGUCACAUACGCAUCACAUCGGAAUCGACUCACAGCUGUUUAUGGUGUCACCGCUGCUCGUGUGGACCUUGUGGAAGUGGCCUAGGAGGAGCAUGGCAGCUCUCGUGGGGCUGGCAGCCGUAUCGACCGGACUUAGAUACGGCGUGACGCUAACGAAAAAAUUGAACUUGUUCAUCAAUUUUGGAAGCUCGGUUUCACAAAUGUAUGACACUGCAGAUUAUUCGUACAUUUUGCCAACUCACAGGCUGACCGUGUACAUUAUGGGUAUUCUACUGGGUUAUUGCCUGAGAUACGUAGGAAGAAACUACCCAUUGAAAAGCGUACACUUGAAGUUGGGAUGGAUCGUCGCAAUUGCAUUCUUUUACGAAGCUUUUAUACACCCUGCUAAAAUGGGCGACAUCGAUUAUGUGUACAACGCCAGCGAUGCAGCCAACUAUGCGGCUUUCGCUCCCAUCUAUUGGUGCAUUUUUUUCAGUUGGAUUAUCUUCGUCUCAUACACGGGAAAUGGAGGAUUCGUAUCGUCGUUGUUUUCUUGGAAAGGAUUUAUCGUGUGCACACGUCUGUCUUACACGUUCUACUUGACACAAUUUCCGGUAUUUUUCUACAACGUGGGAAGUCAUAGAUCUGCGUUGGAAUACAGUUUUGGAUUGAUUAUAAACAUCAAGGAGAUGCUGGCCAUCGUCAUGGUGUCCGUGCUGCUGACAGUAGCCGUUGAGAUGCCAUUCAACAACAUCAAAACGGCGUUCGUGAAGAAGUCGUCCAGACGCGAGAUGGAAGCGCCCACCCCCGUACCAAGCGUGGGAGGAGAUACUGAGUCGCGUCGUAACCGAUGAGAGAUUUCAUCAUACUCACGUGCCCGAGGGCUCAAUGUUAUAUUAUUAAUCAUUAUUAUCUGUCAUCUCGAUCAUCGAUCACAUUGUUCAUCACACACGCACACAGUCACGAUCAAAAUUUCCAUUUAGAGUUUAGGUUUUAAAUCGGUUCACUCUCACUUUACAUGGCCGCUACCGUAAUGGAUAAGACAUAAUUCACACAGGUGUUUUUAGAGACCUACGCAUCUAUAGAUUUUUUUCAUACAUUUUAUUUCAUUUCAACAUUCUCAUAUAAACAAUCGACGCACUUGCACGUCGAUUCACAAAUUUGCCAAUUGUUUCAACGUAUUAGACUGAGAUCAUGCGCAAUGCAAUCGACUUACCCUGCGCCGUCGUAGUCAAUUUUAGUAUUGAUGUAUAGUUUAUAAAACGUACAAAAAAAUUAAGCUCAAUCAUUUUUUUUUAAAUAUUGUACUUGCCAUUUCAACAAACUGGUGUACUACUUAUAGGUUAUACUAUUACAUGUACAUACAAUUCAGUAUAGAAUUAGUUAUUUAUCAUUAUUAUUAUUAUCAUUGUCAUCAACAUACUAAAUAAUUAAUGAACUCAUAACAAUGAAGUUCUAAAUGCAUAUUUAUUUGUCAUAUUAAUUUUGGGUGUUAUAGAAAUAAAACCAAUUAUACAUUAAACCUAUUGAUAUAUCAUGUACUAUAUUAUUAUUAUAUUAUGUUUGUAAUUUUUAAUAAUAAAAAAAAAAUUAAAAAUA